UCUUAAGCCAUCAGAUCGCUGGCAGUCGCUCGUUCGUGUAGAUCGACAACGUUCCGUGAAUAUUUUUCUCAGUCACUAAAUUUGUAUAUUCGAAAAUGGUGUUCAGUGUAAGGAAUCUGUUGUGUCUAACCAUUCUGGCAGUCUUGGCCAGCACGGGCUACGCUAUCCAUUGCUAUAACUGUGACUCGCUAUUCAACUCUAAGUGCGGCCAGAAGUUCGAAGCUGAAGCGGGCAAUUUGUUUGACUGCAGUCGCGUUACUCCUCCUCGCCAUCUCUCUCAAUAUUUCCAAGUUCGCAAUGCCACAGGCUGCAUGAAGAAGGUUCUGGAAGGUUUGCCCGGUCAUCAACAAAUUAUACGUAGCUGUUACUUUGGCGAUGUGAACAACAAGCAAGGAUGCCAACCGGACACAAAUCUGCCUUUGGUCAAGGAGUUGGCUUGCGAUAUCUGCACCAAGGAUAACUGCAAUGGUUCCGGCUCCUUGGCUCCCAUUGCCGGCGCAAUAAUCCUGUUUUUCGGUGUGGCCCGUUUGUUGGCUUAAUAGUGAGAUUUUCGCUUCUUCUUCUUUGUAAUAAAACAACGUAGACACUCCUCAAGUAUUCUUCGAUUGAAGAAAUUAUUUUUAAAAUAUUGGAUCCUUAAAUCAUAAUGUAUACUAUUUAAAAAGAACCACUCAUUAAAGCAGCUGAAGUACCAAAUUGAAAUUCGAUUUCUAAAUUUUAAAGUGGGAACGCAAAAAAAAAAACAAGUAAAAAAACUACGGUAAAGCGUGAUCGACUGUGAGAUACCCGCUACCCAAUUUGGAAAAAAGCAAAACAUUAUUCUUAAAUCAUAUCAAAAUGAUAUAUCGCAAAAAUAUUAAAAAUAUAUCAAAUUAUAUACGUGGCAUAAUGAUCAAGUCCUAUAUUCGAAAUAUACCUUGUAGUCUCUUCGAAACUGUACUACAAAUAUUUUCAAAAUA